AUGGCUGAUACUACCACGAAUACUCUGGAGAAACUGCACACGUCUGGGCUAAUACGCCGCGAUACCAAGACAAAUACGUUGAUUCUCACAGGUGCUGAACUGCACGCUCCAGAGAACCAGGACCUUCUAGACAAGCUGAUCGAAGGACUCAAGGAGAGUGUUCCCGUGACGGAGACUGUUAGAGCGUCGAAGCUAAGCUCUUUGAAGAAGACGGUGUUUGUUUUCAGCAGCGUCAGCACCUCCGAAAGGGUGCACGACAUUUUGGAGUCAUGCGGACUGAAGGCUAGUUAUAGUCUAUGGGAUAACGUAUCGCCUUUGGAACAGUAUAAUGGCCCCCAGAGCGCUGACGUUGAGUCCAUGCUCUUAAAUGGAACUCUCAGUGGAUCCCAUGAUGUUAAUGGUACUGAAGAUUUGGGUAAGUGGUCUUUGUCGCCAAAUGCCACCACUGAGACAUCCGAUGUUCCCAAUCCGGUAUUCAAGUCCAACUAUCUCCAAUUGCCAGAUCCUGGCACCACAAUUUUGCAAUCGCCUCCCGGGUCUCCUUACCUUGAGUAUGUUCCUGAGUUAGCAGAAGAAGCCCCGGAUAAGAUAUCGAUAAGUGAUCCACAGUCUCUCUCUCAUCUGAUGUACCAGACUACGCUAGAGAAAGACUCGUAUGAAAAGGCUAGGCCUUCAGACACAGAGGUACAGGUGGGGAAAGAUAACAUUUUGGUUUUCUCGCGAGACGAAAUCAGGACGUUAUUUCCUGACGGGGGUGUGUGA